GAAUUGCUGCAGCUCAAAGCAUACCCGCACUUCAUGGAGAAGGGAAACAAGAACGAGUACAAAAGCCGCAAGGUCUUGGGCCGAAUUUACGACAGAGUUUGCGACAUGCGCCAUCCCCGAGUGAAGGACAUGUCUGUGACGGUGUAUCCAGUUCGCCUACAACCAAUUCAUGAACAUCAAAUCAUGCGCUCGGCAGAUCCAGACCUACUGAUUCCGCACAGAGACGACUUCAAGGUACACCUGGCUUACACUCUUGCCAGUCUUACUGUCUGA